AUGAAGUACACCAUCAUCACCGCGUUUCUCGCUGCCUUCGCGGCCGCCAAGACCGUCGACGAGCUCGUUGCAGACAUUCCUACCUGCGCCGUCACAUGUAUCCGUGACGCUGCCACGUCCGUCAACUGCGAUAUCUCAGACUUUGCCUGCUCCUGCGCCAAGCAGGACCAGCUGACGCCCGUCGUCGUCAACUGUCUGUCCAAGUCAAGCUGCAGUGCGGAUGAUCAGACCAAGGUUCUUUUGACGGCCCAGCAGAUCUGCUCCCAGGUCUCCUCGGGUGUCUCAGCAACUGGCUCCAUCACCGCUCUUACCGGCACUUCCACUGGUACCGCUUCCGGCACCAGUUCCAACACCGCAGCCUCCACCGGAGCCGCGGCCGCGAGCACUUCAUCUCCUGCCGCCGCCCCCACUAUGCACGUCGCUGGCUGGGCCGGAGCCCUCGCUGCCGCUGCCGCUCUGGCCCUUUAA